AUGUUCAAGGUGAUCAAGGAGCUCCAGCACGACAAGCUGGCCAAGAUGAGAAGGUGUGGAGGACAAGUUCGGCACUCCGGAGAGCGGGAGAAGGGUGCCAUCUUGGUGCAGACGAUGAUGAUGAUGAUGAUGAUGAUGAUGAUGAUGAUGAUGAUGGGUCGUCGGAAUUGCGGCCUGGUAGUGAGCCUUGGAGACUGGAUGAGGAGCCCAUUCUUGCGGACCUCUCGGACUCUGCCAGCAUGGUGGGGAGCUGUGGGGCGCGCGGAGAGCACCCUGGAGAAGCUGAAGAGUGCAGGUGAAAAAAGGUGCAAAGAAGACUGCUGGCCAAUCGCGAUCAGGCGCUGA